AUGGGAGGACAAAGCAGUGUAACCACCACACCGGAACAAAUACCUGUGAAUGGGAAGUCUUUGGAUUGGGGCCCACCACCGGAUGACAUCCCAGAAGAGGAGCGGGACAAUGAGGAACUUGUGCUUCAGACAUGGGCUUUCUGCAAAGCAAAGCCCAGUCCUGCACAGAAUUAUCGUAGUGAUGUGGAGGAGCGGAAACGGCGUCAAUCCAUGUUAUGGAGGAAGCGUGCCAGUUUUAUCGAGUUGGACUGUGGGGAGGACAGUUUUUUUGUGUCCAACACGUACAAAGUUAUCGGUGUUGCGGAUGGUGUCGGAGGAUGGCGUGACGAGGGUGUUGACGCCUCACACUUUGCAAACUCGCUUAUGGAGAAUGCCAAGCACUUUUCUGAGACCCACCGCAAGGAGCUAAACCCAGAGGUGAUUCUCCAAUCUGCCUUCGACAAGGUGCUUCAUGAUAAGGUUGUGAAGGCUGGAAGUAGUACGGCAUGUGUUGUGGCGCUGCAGAAGGACAGCAGUGGUGAACACUACCUCGAUGUUGCCAAUGUGGGCGACAGCGGCGUGCUCGUGGUGCGGAACAGGCAGGUCCAGCACCGUGUACAUGAGAAGGUCCACGGGUUCAAUGCGCCUUUUCAACUUGCUGUACUUCCUCCACAUUUGCAGGGCCGUGCUUUUUCUGAUCGCGUGAGUGACGCGACCCGAGAGAAGAUCCCUGUGCAGAGGGGUGAUGUGGUGAUAACUGGCACGGAUGGUCUUUUUGACAAUCGCUUCAACAUAUCCCUCGCCGCUGACGCGGGCUGGAUUGGCCAUGUGCAGGGGAGCGCACUUGAGCGGGUCCCGCUUGUGGGCCUCUUACUCGGUCCCAUAUUUGCAAACGACAAGGUUGCAUAUGUGGACCCACAGCGUGUUGCCCAGCGCAUUGUACAGGACGCAUAUAAAACUUCACUUGACGAAAGCGCGCAUACGCCGUGGGCGUCGAUGCUCAGGAAGUUUGGUGUGGAAGAUGCAAAGGGUGGGAAGGUAGACGAUAUUACACUUGUUCUGAGUCGUGUUACAACACGUGAGGAACUUAACGCUACUAGCACAUGGUAA